AGCCGAACCCUUCGGGAGCGGCGCUAGAGCCACUGCGCUUUGCAGCAGGGAGGGAGGGAGGAUUCACAAGCCCAGGAUCCGAAGUGACGCAACGUCCUGCCCCGAAUGCCCGAUUUGUUUUUUGACCUUUUCAAGGCACUUUGCUGCUGAAAAGGGAAACCCAGAGAUGCACAAUGUCUUCUGGAAACAUUCAGCAACCCCAGACUUUCACUAAACCAACUUUCAAUGAAAAAGAAGCCACUGAAUUAGUUGAAAGGGUGUUUGGAUUAAAAGUAUCUGCUAUCAGAUCACUCCCUAGCUAUGAUGAUCAAAAUUUUCAGGUGACUAUUUCAAGAAGUGAGGGAACAGAAGAUUGUGCUUAUGAGUGCGUCCUCAAAAUCACCAACUGUGAAGACAGCCAGAAUCCUGAACUUAUUGAAGUGCAGACCCGAAUCAUGAUGUUUUUGAAUGCUGAAGGAUUCCCUUCAGCGACACCCUAUCUCACUAAAGAUGGCAACAUAAUGUCUCUAGAAUCAUUAGGUACUGGCUCUGUGACAAAAAAGUACAUGGUGAGGCUGCUGACCUAUCUCCCAGGUCUGACCGUGGCAACAAUCUCUACAAAUCCUCACAUUUUCUACGAGGUUGGGAAAUUAGCUGCCAGACUGGAUAAAACUCUCUCAGAGAAAUUCGAUCAUCCAUCCAUAAAAAGUUUGCAUCGAGGGAAAUUCAUUUGGAACUUGGCAAAUGUUCCUCUUCUAGAGCAGUAUAUUCAUGCUGUGGGCCAGAACAGUUAUUGUGAAGUUGUGGAGCAAGUUAUUCAGCAAUUCAAAGAGAAAAUACUACCUAAGCUAAGCAAUUUUCGAACCUGUAUCAAUCAUGGGGACCUUAAUGACCACAAUAUCUUGUUGGAUUCCAACCCUGCUUCGCCUGAGAAUCCACAAUAUACCGUGUCUGGUAUUUUGGAUUUUAGUGAUAUGAGUUAUGGUUACUAUGUAUUUGAAUUAGCAAUAACUAUCAUGUACAUGAUGAUUGAGAGCAAGGAUCCUCUCCGUGUGGGAGGGUAUGUUAUUGCAGGGUUUGAAAGCAUUGUACCAUUGACAACAGAGGAGAGAGAUGCCCUGUUUCUCUUGGUAUGUUGUAGAUUUUCUCAGUCACUUGUCAUAGCCUCCUAUACUUCCCUCUUGUAUCCUGAAAACAAAGAAUACCUAAUGAUCACAGCAAAAACUGGACAGAAGCAUUUAUUAAAAAUGUUUGACACAGGCCAAGAAGCUGUAGAGAAGGUUUGGUUUGAGACUGCCAAAGCAUAUAUUAAACAUUGAACCUGUGUAGCUUUCAUACCUGUAUUACAGAUACUUACUAGUAAAGAUGCAUCUAACAAUUUAGGUAAUUGUACAAUUUGUAUUCACUUUGUUUUUAAAGUAAUUUUAAGAUAAAUUAAUCCAUUGAGAAUAUUUUCAUAAAUGUAUCAAUGCCUCUUUUAAUGAUUAAAAAAAACUCAAACAACUACACAUUGUCUAUUC